GACGACUUCUUGUUGGUGACAUCCUCAAGUUCGUUGUAUGUGUUUUUGAUGAUCUUGUCCACCUAAUCCCCUUGCUUGGAGUGGAUCUUUUCUAGAUCGUGAACGCCGAGUCGACGAAAUUUUUCUUUCUUGACAUCUUUUUAUGUCUGAUUUCACUUCUAGGCUCCAAAAAAUUUAAGCCCAUUAGUCAGGAAGCUGCACGCAUGUCGGCCACUACCUCCGUGCUUCCACUCAGGGACGGAGUUGGCCUCUCCGAACAGUCUAAUAGUCAAGAUCAGCUUCAAUCAGCAAGCAGCCGUGUCCAGUUGCAAUUCGAGGAUCCGGGCCCUCAUGGUGCGACUACAGCAGUGCCGGAAGGUGGCUACGGUUGGGUUGUGAUAUUCGCUUGCUCCGUGAUAACCUUCUGGUUCAGCGGCCUGACCGGCUCGUGGGGCAUCAUACAGACCGCCUUGCUUUCGUCGACACUCAAAGGCACGGCUCCCGCCACCGCUGCCUUCAUUGGCAGUCUCGGCAUCACGAUCUGUGUCGCGUUCGGCCUCGUGGCUGUACGUUUUAUGCGGCUCAUGGGCAUUCGGAAUGUGGCGACCCUCGGCAUCUUGCUUCUGGGUAUCGGAACCUUCACGUCAGGCUUCACGACGAACAAUGUCGCCGGACUCUUUCAGACAUUCGGCCUUGUCCUCGGCGCCGGCGACUGCCUCUGCUACACGGCCUCCAACGUGAUGCCAAUGCAGUAUUUCAGUAGGCGUCUCGGUCUUGCCAAUGCGGUGGUCAAGUUGGGCGGAGGCCUCGGCGCCACCAUCCUGUCCAUCUGUACCGAGUCGUUGAUCAAUGAGGUCGGCGUGGCCUGGACACUCCGCAUUUUGGGGAUGAUGAUCAUCGCAACCGGAGUCCCGGCGGCGUUGGCCAUCAAGGAGCGCACUCGCAUACCCAAUGUCCCGGUCCUGGAUUUGACAUUGUUCAGGAACAUUCCCUUUGCGGCCGUUUUCCUUGCUGGCGCCACGCUGACCUUCACCCUUUUUGUCCCGCCCUUCUUCUUACCACUCUUCGCCAGGUCCGUCGGCUUCUCCAGCAAAGUUGGCGCUGGUCUGGUCACCGGCUUCAACGCGUGCAACACCGUUGGGCGCUUCCUUGCUGGCCCGCUGUGUGACCGCAUAGGGCCACUCAAUACAUUCGCCAUUACCGUCGUGCUGAAUGCUGUGACGACACUCGCCAUCUGGCCCGUCUCCUCAACUCUUCAGGCGCUUGUUGUCUUCGCCACGCUCAACGGUGUUUCCAAUGGCGCCUUCUUCACCACACUGCCGAUUGUGGUUGUAUCGAUGGUGGAUCCACGGUUUGCCGCGACCGGCAUGAGCCUAAGCAUCACCGGCUGGACUGCCGGGUAUCUCAUGGGCACGCCUAUUGCGGGAUUCUUGUUGGAAGCAAGUGGGGCAGCAAAGGAUGGUUAUCGUGGGGUUGAUGCGUACCGUCCUGCGAUCUUCUAUGCGGGUGGCAUCGCGACAGUGAGCUCGGGGUUUGUACUUGUCGCAAGAUUAUUCGUCGAGAAAAAGUUGCUCAAAAAGGUAUGAAAAUUUAUCUACUUGAACAAGAGUGUAGCCGACUUUCCUCACCCUUGU